CAGGGUCCGUGGUUUACAGGGAGGUACAUCCCGCCCUUCAAACCUCAGCAGCGGGUCUUGUCUGGGUUUGGCACCUGGGGAGAAAAUAAUGUGGGUUUUGUGUCUGUAGCAUGCUUUGCUUUGUAAUUUUGAACAUUACUGAAUUGUAUUUCUGACUUUCCCGUCUGUCUGUCUGGAAGUGUUCACCUGGUGCUCCUCUACGGAGUCCUAUUGCUGCGUGUGUCCUCUGUAUGCUUUUAAGACUAAAAUGAGUUGUUUUUCUGUGAAUCAUCCAGUGUGGUGGGACUUGACCAUGCUAACUUUCCCAUAAAUGCUUCCUAAGUGCAGCUUCAAGUUAAGAACCAUCCUUGCAUGUCUUCAUUGACAGUGAAUGGAGUUAAAUCCAGCUAUUAGUCACUAGUGGAGUUCCUUAGGGGUCAGUGCUGGAGCUGGGCCAGCCCUGUUUAAUGUCUUUAUUGGUGAUCUGGAUGAGGGAAUUGCGUGUGCCCUCAGUAAGUUUGCAGAUGACACCAAGGUAGGAGGAAGCGUGGAUCUGCCUGGGGGUAGGAAGGUCCUACAGAGUGGUCUGGACAGCUGGGCUGAGGCAAACAAGGUGUGCUUUAGUAAGCACAAGUGCUGGGUCCUGCAAUUCAGUAACAACAACCCCAGGCAAUACUGCUGGCUUGGAGCAGAGUGGCUACAAGACUGUUCUCAGGAAAAGGACCAGGGGAUGUUACUUGACAGCUGGCUGAGCAUGAGCCAGCUGUGUGCCAAGGCAGCCAACAGCAUGCUAAAUUGUAUCGAAAUAGUGCAGCAGCAGGAGCAGGGAGGUGAUUGUCCCCCUAUACUCAGCCUUGGUGAGGCUGCAUCUUGAGUACUGCAUUCAGUUUUGGGCCCCUGACUACAAGAAAAACAUCUAGGCCCUGGAGCGUGUUUGGAGAAGGACAACAAAGCUGUGAGGGCUCUGGAAUGCAAGUCUGAUGAGGAGCAUCUGAGGAAACUGGGAUUGUUCAGUCUGGAGAAGAGGAUGCUUUGGAAAGAACUUAACGCUCUCUACAACCACCUGAAAGGAGGUUGUGCCAAGAAGGAUGAAACCAAUGAGGACUUUGUUCGAGUUAGAAGGAGGGAUUUGGAAAGGCUGACAACUGAGGUUAUGCAAUUGCGGGAUUUCUUACCCAAGAUACUCGAUGGUGAUAUUGUGUGGACAUUCCAGAAACUGGAUGCUAUUGAAUCAAGCAUGGAGAAAAAGGAGGAGGAAAUAGAGCAGCUGAAAAUGGAUUGUGAGCACUUCAGAGCCCGCCUGGAAGCAGCCCAGGCAGAUUGCAUGAGGGAGAAGAAGGAGAAACUAGACCUCCGGCAGCACCUGCAUGAGGCCAAGCAGCAGCUCUUGCAGCAAGCAGAGUAUUGCACAGAAAUGGGUGCAGCUGUGUGCACCUUGUUGUGGGGUGUAUCUAACAAUGAGGAAGCUGUUAAAACCAUUCUAGGAGGAAGCAAGGCAGCAAAGUUUUUUACUAUCACUGCACAGACUAUGGAGAGCUUUGUGAAGUCAUUAAGUGAAGACGUGAAACAGCAGGAUUUGGAUUCUGAUGAAAAUCAGUUUGUGUUAGCGUUGGCAGGGAUUGUAACAAAUGUGGCUGCACUGGCAUGUGGCCGUGAGUUCUUGGUUAGUUCAAGUCGUCACUUAUUGGACACAAUGAUGCACCUCCUGGGAGAAAUGAAGCCGGGACUCUGUACAAAGUUUAAAGUGCUAAUGCUAAUGUCACUUUACAAUGUGAGUAUCAACUUGAAAGGCUUGAAGUACAUCAGUGAAAGUCCAGGUUUUAUUCCUUUGCUUUGGUGGCUCUUGAAUGACCCGGAUACAGAAGUUUGUCUUCAUGUUCUGCGGCUCCUCCAGUCUGUGAUUCUGGAGCCAGAAGUAUUAGCCAAGUCAGCCUGUGAGAUGCGUGAUACUUUGCCAUUUCAGCGUAUCAUUACACUGUCAAAGAGCCGCAAUGCGGAACUGCAAGCACUUGCAAAAGAACUACUUGAAGAUCUUAAAAUACUUGAGUAUGAAGCAUAGAAGAGCUCUAUGACACCAACUGCUUAUCUCUUUCCUAUAUUUCUAUGCUGUGAGAGUUAUUAGAAAUUGUCUUGAUGAAAAAAUCUCCACCUAAAUUUCUCUGACAAAAUUUCCCAGUGAAAUUAGGUAAUCCAGAUACACUAAUGCUGGGGAAAACAUGUUGGAUUGUAACUGUGCAACUAGGCGAUCUGGUGGAGAUGGGAAAGACUUAAUUUCUUGGAGCAGAGUUCUGUUAAUGAUGGAUUUCCAAAGUGAUACAGGUUAUGUUGUCUAUUUAUCACAUAGAGGGAGUAGAGUGCUCAUCUCAUCCAUUGAUAACUCAUUGUUUAUUGGAGUAGUAAGUAAUCAUUUUGGUCCAUCCUUAAGAAUUGUUGUACUGGAGGAAAACUGUUGCUUUUCAUAAUUCUGUGUCAGAAUGCAUCCCAAGUUCUAGUUCCAUUGUUGUUCUUUCUCCUCUCUUUUUGCAUUUUAAUAAAAUAAAUUUCAAAUUCUUUA